CAUUUUUCUUAUUCCUUUAAAUCUACAAAUAUUAUAUAAAGAGCGAUCGGGAUGAUCUGAGAUUACGAAGAUGCAUUUGUUACUCAUAUUAUGCUUUAUUUUCUUGGCUAUAUAUUCGUGUGUUUCUUGGUUGCUGCCGACCCUGUUGGCUUGGCUCUUCAAGAGAAAGUAUCAUAUAAAACUAAAAAUUGGCCGAAUUGCUGUACCUAAAUUAAUCUUGAAGGAUGUGAGUUUAUCAAAAGAUGGAUAUUAUAUUCAUAUAGAUGAAAUAUCAUUUCAAAGCAGCUGCUUCAAUUCAGAUAUUAAUAAACUAGUGUCAGUUGUGAUAAGAGGAGUAGAAGUGACCAACAAUGUUGAACAAAAACGAAGUGUGGUUGUGGAGACUAUCCUUAAGCCAUUACUAUCAAAACAAAAUUCGUUUUCAACACGUGAAGAAAUAACAGCUACCAGUGGUCUAAAUUCUCUGAGCCAUGACCUUUCUAUUCUAGAUAAUAAGAAACUGCUAGACUUUAGGGACAAAAAACUUCCCCCAAGUCUAAUUAUGUUUGCACAGUUCAUGGGAGUUCACAUAUUUAACAUCUCAAUAACAAUCAAUAAUGUGACGGAAGACAAUGCUUUCUCCGUGCACACCACUGCUACAGAACUUCAUGCUGAUGGUGCGGCCGGUGGACCUGCCCGCGCAUUGGUGUUUUCUACGAAACUAAUGAAUGCAAAGGCCAGGGUUGUUAGACUAGGGCUCUGCUUAGGGGAAGUUGCCUGUAGUCUUCUUGUAGAAGGUACAGUGAAAGCUGAUGGCCCCUUAAAUGUUGAGAAAAUCCACAUGACCAUCAACAAUACAACAGCAACAUUCCAAGAUGAAUUUUAUCAGUUUCUAAUACAGCGUAAAAGACAAAAACGUGCAACACUUCACUCAGAGUUAAAUGAAGAGGACCAUCUCGGUACACUCAUACCCAGACUGUCGCCUGUUAUACCAAAGAUUUUUAGCUUAAGGAUAGAAAUGACGAAAGUCAGUUGCCUCGACAGGCAAACGAACACAAACUUUGAGAUGCUACUUCACAGUUUACAAGUGAAUUCAAGGUUUAGUGCAGUCGCAGGGCACGCAGACGAGGCAGGCGGCGAGGCGGCCGGCCUGCCGCAGCUCUACGUGGCCUUCCAGAUGGACCAGCACCAGAUUUGCGCUGAUGACGACACGCUUAUGUUUUUGAAUAAGUUAAAACUCGAUGCUAAGCUAGAGAAAGGUGUUUUGAAUCUGUAUUUGAUUAUAAGCACGUUGAACAUCAAAUAUGAACAUUUGAACUACUUCAAAUGGUAUUCUUCGGUUAGAGACAAGUUCAACAAAUCCAGACCUCUGCAACUCCCAGAGCCGCCGACCCCCUCGGCGGCCCCGCGCUGGGUGUCGCGCGCGCUGCGCUGGUGCGUGGUGCAGUGCUGCGCGGAGCUGCGCGCCGUGACCGCGCACGCGCGCCUGCUGGGCGACAAGGCGCUGGCGGCCGGCUGCGGCGGACUCAAGGUCAAGCUGGACCAGCUGCUCGACUCCAGGGAGGAGGCGUACAAGUCCCGCGUGGCCCGGCUGGUGGUGGGGUCGCGCCAGUGGAGCACGGAGCUGCUGGUGGACGGCGGGUGGGUCGCCAGCGGAGCCGCCUGCCUCGCGCACAGGGAGGCGCCGCCCCGCCGCCACCACGCCUGGGGCUCCGCGCUGCUCGCCGUGGCGCUCGUCAAGUGGGGCAGCCACGGACCCCGGGACUCCAAGGUAGAAGCUAUGAUGGACUGCCUACGCCUGGAAUGGAGUGUCACAUUAGCUGAAACUCUGAUAGCGGCCGUCGAAUGUAUGAACCAGUACAAGUCGGCCCGCCCCCCCGCGCCGCCGCCGCCCCCGCACCCCGCCGACGUCCCCCUCAACAUCGCCGUGAACGUGGCGCUGUCGCACAUCAACCUGUUCUUGAUAGUUAACGAGAACAUGUGCCUGAUGACCAGAGUCGACGCCGUCAGCAUCGAGAAGACGGUCAGCAAAUCUGGUGCCGUCAUCUCGGGGUUCAAAGUUGUCGAUAUGGUGCCUUACAAAGGUAACAUGCAGUGCCAAAAAUCAGACGAGAUACCUACUACAUUCUUCCAUGUAAAACUAGCUAGAAUAGAGCACACGCUGUCGAAGGAAAGGAAUUCUGCGCUCUUAGACGUACAGUUUAUAGAAAAUGUCGACUUCGAAUGGAGCGUUAAUCUCCAUCUUAAAAUACUGACGUUCGUCAGAGCCUUCAAAAGCUUUAUGGGAGAGUUGAGUUCGAAAAACAGAAACAUCGACGCGGUACCCCCUAGUGCGGGCGCGGUGCCCCCCGGUGCGGGCGCGGUACCCCCCGGUGCGGGCGCAGUGCCCCCCGGUGCGGGCGCAGUGCCCCCCGGUGCGCGGAGGAGAGCAUUGGACUGGCGCGUCACAUUCAAGGGAGAAACUAAUCUAGGUCUGAUUUUGUCGGAUGAAAACAAUAUGCUUUAUAAUACUGACGACAUGAUCAUCUCAUAUGAUCACGAGGCCGGCUUGUCGCUAGUCUGGAGUAAACUCCACAUGAUACUCAACGGUGACGAGCUGAUGACCGUGGAAGGGUAUACCAUGGAACGCGCCGUCGAUGACCCUGAGGUCAGGGUCGAGAGGAAGGCCAAUGAAAGCUUUCAGCUCAAGUGGAAUAAAGUCUGGUUGGUGAGUGUACAUUCAGUACGUGUAAUAUUCCCGUACAAACAUCGUUUCGCUGAAGCCGUGCAGGGAGAUUUUGUAACACUGUUCAAGUGGAUUAAAUUGAUUCACGGCAUUAAGAAGAAACCCUUCACCGCGGACAGCCCCCUGCCCAGCGACCUGCACAUCAAGAUUGACGAGAUAUUAAUAGAGAUGAGCGACGACCCGUUCGAAGUGAAACUGCGAGACAACUACGAGCUGCUCGAGGACGAGUACAAGGAGAGCCAGAAGAGACGCACCAUGCUGGACGCCAAGGUUCAAGAGCUGUGCAAGCCGCACCUGUUCCUGCCGGCCGGCAAGGUGGAGGAGCUGUACGCGGCGCUGCGGCACAAGGACGCGCAGAUCUACGUGCAGCGGAGCCGCGCCGCCCCCCCGCCGCGCCGCCGCCUCGUGGCCUGCACGCUCGCCGCGCUGCGCGUGCUGGCGCUCGCCGACCCCGCGCUGCACGCCGCCGCCGCCGCCGCGCGCCUGCGCGACAUCGACUGCGACAGCCCGUGGCCGGAGGAGGGCGUGGAGUUCAGCUCGCUGUGGUGCCGCGCCGUGACGCUGGGCUGCGCGCAGUGGCAGCUGCUACUCCGGGACUUCCCGCAGCCGCUGCUGCACAUGAGCAGCCUGCGCACGUGGGGCACGCUGCUCGCCGCCGAGGAGCAGCCGCCGCCCCGGGCUGUCCGCACGGUGGUGGUGCGGCAGGGCGAGCCCUGGGGCGACGUGGAGCUGGAGCGCAGCAUGAUGCCGCUCAAGUGGUACUACGACCUGUGCUGCGAGAUGGCGCAGUUCAGCUACGCCUUCGGGCCCUGCUGGGACCCCGUCAUCGCUCACUGCAAUCUCGCGUUCGACCACGUGUCCCGGCCGUCCCUGGACCCAUCUCCGCCCUUGGCCUGGUGGGACAAGGUGCGGCUGCUGAUGCACGGGCGCCUCACCCUCAACUGCAGCAAGUUCACGUGCCUGCUGCACGUGUCGCUCGACCCCUACAACACCACCGAGGAGAUGGAAGUCACGUGGACCGACCUCGUCUUGGACUGGACGAACGGCAAGUUGGGUUUCCUGGGCUCGCUGAGCGUGUUGGUGCGCACGGCCAGCAAGUACGACGACUGCCGCGUGCUGAGCGCCGGCCGCGUGCGCCUGGGCGUGCGCCUGGCCUGGGCGUGCGGCGCCGACCCGCGCCACCACCACGCCGUCACGCCCUGCGCGCCCACGCGCACGCCCGACUACUCCAGCAACCAGGAACACGACUCGUACCGCGCCUUCCGGUCGCAGGGCCUGGACCUGCACCUGACCCUGGAGACGAAGCCGGCCGACAGGGACGCGCCCGGACCCGUCCUGCUGCUGUACGGGAGCACGCUGCGAUGGUUCGAGAGCCUGAAGCUGAUCCUGUCGGGCAUCACGCGGCCCACCCGCCGCGGCCGCCUGUUCAACAACGUGCGGCCCCGCAAGCCGCAGCUCUCCCGCCACUACCGGAACGUCAGCGUGUCGCUCACACUACAUAAUUUGCAAGUGUGCUACUGGUCGUCGUCGUCCCUGCAGCGCGGCAUCGAGCUGUGCGGCGGGCGCGUGACGUGCGGCGCCAAGCACGCGCUGCGCCUGGAGCCCGCGCCCGGCCCGCUGCGCCGCCGCCCGCGCGCGCUGUGGACCGCGCACUACCUCACCUGCGACCUCAACGACGCCGAGAUCUGGCUCAAGACGCGCGCCGCCGACGACAAGAUGAGUGUGGGCGGCGGCGGAGGCGACUCUCCGCAAGCGAUGGAGAAGCUGUACUGUCUGAGCGUGCGGCGCGUCUCGUACACGCGCGAGGCGGGCGGGGGCGGGGGCGGGGGCGGGGGCGGGCCGGCGCACCGCGUGGCCGUGCACCACCUGCGCGGGGCCUGGACCAAGCUCAACCGGGACCUGGCCUUCGGGCUCAUCGACACCUACAUCAAGACGCAGCAACUGAAGAAGAAUUUGUCAACAAAAGCUUUCAAAGAGGAAGAACAGCCGACGACCUCCCCGAAACUGCAAAGGGAAGCCGAUGUCACGUCCCCGCCACCUACUACGUCACAAAGCGUGUCGAGCCAGUGCGGCGGCGGCAUGCUGGCGGCGCUGGUGGCGGAGGCGGGCGGGGACGCGCCCGUCGUGUUCAGCGACGAGCUCAGCGGCGCCGACACCGCCGCGCCCGCCGCCGCCGCGCCGCACGGCCGCCUGCUGCUCGACGACGACAACUCGCACACCGCCUGCCUCGUGGAGCUGGUGAACUCGCAAGUGGUGCUGAAGGGGUGCGAGACGCGCGGCUACGUGAUGGUGUGCGCGGCGCGGGCCGAGGUGCGGCAGCGGGUGAGCCGGCCGCCCGCGCCCGCCGCGCGCGCCUGGAGCGGCUCGCUGUCCGCCAUGCAGUACUACGCCACGGUGAGCGCCGCCGACAACCACCGGCUGGACCACCACAUCCAGUGGGUGGGGGUGGAGGAGAUCGAGGAGCGCUGCCCGGAGAUCAGCGCGCUGCCGGACGUGCCGCGGCUGGUGGGCAGCGGGCACUCUGCGGGCGGCGUGAUCGGACGCACCGUGGGGCCCAGCGCGGCCGCGGCGCAGCUGCAGCGCAUCGUGUCGCGCUGCGCCUGCGAGUUCCACUACGUGUCGCUGGAGGACGCGCCGCACGCGCCCGCCGCCGCGCCGCACCCCUACGACUCCUUCUCGCUCAUGCACCACGACCUCGACGUCUGCACCAACUCGCUGCAGUACGCGAUGCUGCUGGACGUGGUGAACAACGUGGUGCUCCACGUGGAGCCGGAGCGGCGCCGCACGCUGGAGCGCCGCGCCAGGAUGCGGUUCCAGCUGCAGCUGCACCAGGACCAGGACCCGCGCCAGCAGAUACACAAGCUGCAGACGCAGGUGAGAGAGUCUCUGGCCAGACUGCGUCGAUUGGAGAAGGAGUACUAUUUGAAGAACAGGUCCAUAACGGGAAACGAUCCUGGCGCUGUUGCGGAACUGAAGAGCUUGGACGAUCAGGUGAACGAGUGCAAGGAGUGCGUGUGGUCGCUGGGCGAGGAGCUGGAGGCGAUGGUGCGCGCGGCGCGGGAGCUGCGGCGCGAGGUGCCGGCGGGCGCGGCGCCGCACCGCUACAACGAGAUCUGCUUCAAGAGCGCGCGCUGGCGGCUCACCGACGCCGACGGACAGCUCGGCAUCGCCGACCUGCUGCUCACCAACUUCCUGUACACGAAGACGUCUCGUUCCGACGACUCAGUGGAGCACCAGCUGGAGGUUGGCUACGUCAGCGUCAAGAAUCUGUUACCCAACGAACCCUUUCCAGAGGUGCUGGUGCCGCAGGAGCCCUCGGGCCGCGCCCCGCUGGCCCGGCGCGCCGCGCUGCGCGUGUUCUGCCGCGACCGCCCGCCCGUGGGAGGCAUCGCCGUCAAGGAGCACUUCGAGGUCAACAUCGUGCCCAUACGGAUCGGCCUUACAAAGAAGUUCUUCAAUACGAUGCUGAAGUUCUGUUUCCCUGAGCGAGACCCGGACUCCAUAGACGAGGCGGAGGACGAGGAGGGCGCGCCCAGGCCCUCCACCGGGCUCGUCUCCACCGGCUCCAAGAAACUCAAGAAGAAGGCCAAGGACUACAACUCCAACUUCUACGUCAAACGGGACAAUAAAGAUAAAGACGACGUCGAGAAGAUGAAGGAGCGUGCAGAGAAGAACAAGCUGUUCAUCUACAUCAAGAUCCCGGAGGUACCCGUCCGCGUGUCGUACAAGGGCAGCAAGGAGAAGAACCUGGAGGACGUCCGCGACCUGCCGCUGGUGCUUCCCACGCUCGAGUACCACAACGUCACCUGGACCUGGCUCGACCUGCUGCUCGCCACCAAGAACGACACCAGGAGGGUGAUCCUGUCGCAGGCCAUCCGGCAGAAGCUGCAGCUGCACCGGCGCGCGGCCGCCGCCCCCGAGCCGCUGGAGGAGGACAAGGCGCGCCUGCUGCUGGGCGAGCGCACGGUCGCCGAGAACAAACCCCAGAAGAAGAGCACACCGAGCGUCUUCAAGUUUUCCAAAUCGUAACUGGUAUAAUUUGUUAUGUUAGAUAUAUUAUAUUUACAAAAAAAAAAAAACUAUGGCAAUCAUGUUUAUUGAGAACAUCAAUUUAUUUACAAAACUUAAUCAAAUUCAAUUCGAUCAUGUAUUAAUUAUAUAAUAUAUAAAAAUAAUAUUGUUAAGAAAAAAAUGACUGCACAAGACUUGAGGAAGGCGUUUCUUAGAUUAACAGCAAAUUUCUCAGUUAACCGCAGCUCGAGGUUGAGACGUGGACCCUUCGUGAAGACUUCUCCAUCAAUCAAUUAUAUAGGUUAUCUUCUGGCUCUGCCUUAUCAACGAUUGAGUUCUGACGAUAUUUCGUCACGCCGUAAAAGUGUGACGAGCGAAGGGACGUGCUUUAUGUAAUAGCAACAUUUUAGUUUUCACAUGUAAGUACAUAAAAACGAAUUUUCAACGAACGAAUAUCCAUUUUAUUUAUUUUCAUUUUAUUUUUAAGGUUUCAUAUUGUUAUGACUGACGAACGGAUCUCGAGAAUAAAGUAUUUGGGAUUAUAAUUUUGAUUGAAAUAAGGAAUUUUAACCUUCGGCUAUUUAGAAUGCUGACACAGGCCGUUAUACAUUGCCGCGUCUAACUUAAUUUGUUUAGUGCUUUCUUUAAGAUUUCACGAAUCGCAAACUUGAUUUAUCAGUGUAUAUCAUUUUAAUCUUUAUUGCAGUAGAUAUCGGUAACUGGUGAUUUAAUCAAGCGUUUAAUGUUUAAACUUAUUAAAUAUGUGGCAUUAAAUACACUUUUUAUCUGACACAACAUACCCACAAGCUUCGAAGAGGUCGAAAGAAACUAGCAGGCCAACACUUAAUAUUUAGCUUACUUAUAUUUACAAAAGUAUAAUAUUUAUAAGACGUUUGUAAAGACAAUCUCUAAUAAAGACGAAAUUUUAGUUUAAGAAUAUAUUACAAUUAAGUACGCAGGUUUCCUAGAGAAUCAAUAGUUAAGUUGGUUAAGAAAUGUGAUGUGAGAUUUUUUGACAAUUUAUGCUGUUCGAUAAUUCACAGACGAUUUAAUGUAAUUAAUACUAAUGAAUUUUU